GAAACGUCUUUACUCUGACCGACUCAAGCACCCCUAAAGCUAAACCCAUUUCUCCGGAAUGUGUGGGGUUUAUGCGGAGCGCAACGGUCUUAGUCUGUCUUCUCUUCUUCUUCUUCACCGUUUCAUUGCUCUGUUUCUCUAUAUCUUACUUCUCUUUUCUCAAAUUCUCAACCUCAACCCAUUUCUCCCUCUGAAUGUUAUUUUUCAUCUCAAAUUUGCCCAUGAAGUCAGUUUUGCUAUUGUGGUUUAGGCCUUUCCUUCAUCCCUUCUUCAGCCUUGCAGUGAAUGAGAGUAGGCUGAGAGUUGCAACAUUGAUACGACCUUUGCAAAAGAAUGCAAUGUCGUCGAGGUUGAAUCGUUCCUCUGUACCUUUAUUCACACAGAAUUCAGAGCCUAGAGGGGCGGGAAGAGGUGUAAGUGUGCGAAGGAAUUCCAAUGAGGCUGUUGUCGAGGAACAUGAUUGUAAAGUGGACAUUCAAAGUUUUAGGGAUGACCCGUCGAAAAUUGAAGCUAUGACAGUCCAAAAAUUGAGAAUGACAUUAAGAAGCGUGGGUCUUCUAGCCAAAGGGCUUAAGCGUGACCUUGUAGCUGCACUGCAAAGCUUUGUGGAGAAUGGAACAGUUGGUGGUUUUAUUGAUGCAGUAGAAAAUCAGAGCACACAACAGACAGAGAGAAAUUCUAGUGUAUCAGCUUCUUAUGGUGACACUGUGAAAGCUGAAACAAAAAUCUUAACACCAAAGAAGAGGCAGUCAGCUGAAUCUGACAGGGUUUCAAGUGGUGCAAUAGGCAGUAACCCAUCUAGCAGAAAGAUAAAUGGAUCCUCAGAAGUUGUUUCCAGCAUUGUAAAGCAAGAGGAUGGAGUAGAGGGGAUGCAAAAUGAACCAUGGGCUGUUCUUGCUCAUAAGAAGCCUAAAAAAGGUUGGAUCCCGUAUAACCCAAGAAUCAUGAGGCCUAAACCUCUUUCCAAGGAUACAAAAUCUGUGAAAAUUUUAUCUUGGAAUGUCAAUGGGUUAAGAGCCUUACUUAAGGGGUCUUCAGCAGUGGAACUUGCUGAAAGGGAAGAUUUUGACAUAUUGUGCUUACAGGAGACCAAAUUGCAGGAAAAGGACAUACUAACUAUUACAAAAUCUCUCAUGGAUGGAUAUCAUUAUACCUACUGGACAUGCAGCGUUUCUAAACUUGGUUAUUCUGGAACUGCAAUCAUAUCCCGGAUAAAACCAAUUUCAGUUAGAUAUGGUUUAGGCAUAUCAGAACAUGAUGGUGAAGGGCGGGUUGUGAUGGUGGAGUUUGAUUCUUUCUUUUUAUUGAAUGUUUAUGUUCCUAAUUCUGGAGACGGAUUGAAGAGACUGUCAUACAGGAUUACCGAGUGGGAUCCAUCUCUCAGUAACUAUAUGAAGGAGUUGGAAAAGUUGAAGCCCGUGAUUUUGACUGGUGAUCUAAAUUGUGCUCAUCAAGAGAUAGACAUCUAUAAUCCUGCGGGAAACCGAAAAAGUGCUGGUUUCACCAUCGAAGAAAGGCAAUCAUUUGAGACCAACUUUCUGGAAAAGGGGUUUGUUGAUACUUUUAGACAAAAGCAUCCUGAUGUUGUUGGCUAUACAUAUUGGGGUUAUCGUCAUGGUGGACGCAAAACAAACAAAGGAUGGCGGCUGGACUAUUUUCUUGUAUCAGAUAGGAUGGCAGAGAAGGUACACGACUCUUACAUACUCCCUGAUGUGGGAGGUAGUGAUCACUGUCCCAUUGGCCUUGUUCUCAAGCUUUAGCCUUGCUUCUCCAAAAAAAAAAAAAAAAAAAAAAAAGAAAAGUAAAGAAAGAAGAAAGGAAAAGAAAAGGAAAACCCUUCCACUUUAUGAACUAGCGCUCACUUUGGCAGUCAAUAUAUAGACCUUUUUGUUUC